AUGACUCCUUCGAGCAGUGGGAUUAAUUUCGAAACAUUUGUUGUAGUAGCAGCACUUUUGGAUCAUCAUUUUCAAUUAUAUCAACAAGUACGGAUUUCAAUUCAAUCUGAACAUUCUUAUUUCAACAUCUACCAUAAACCUCGUCAUAAAAAUCAAUUACAGUGUGAUGCGAGAAGACUUUCAAAGAGAAACGCUUCAAGCGUAGACAAUAGCCGACGGUUGAUUAAAACUUUUCAUCAUGCGAUGACGGAGAAGUUGGCAGCAAAGAAACGUUUAUCCCCGUUUUGCAUCGCCAUUUAUGAUAACGCUUAG